UGCUCUCUUUUUUUAGUGGAAUUUUCUCUACCACACAUUUCAUUUUCUUCAGCGUUAAAGCCCAAUCCUCCAACCCCUUCUAUAUGAAACCAAGCGCAAUCUCUAAUACUACCAUCCCUUCUCCUUCUCCACGGAAAUGGAAUCAACCCAAGAAUCUGAAAUUGCCCAAGAUUUCUCUCCAUUUCUUCGCAUAUACAAAGAUGGUCGUGUUGACAGAAUUAUAGGUGCAGAAAUUGUUCCACCAUCGCUAGAUCCCAAAACCAAUGUCCAAUCCAAAGAUGUCGUUUACUCCCCAGAAAUCAACCAAUCUGUUAGAAUCUACAUACCCAAACAACAAAACCCAGAAAAACUCCCUCUCUUGGUCUACUUUCAUGGCGGAGGCUUCGUUGUCGAAACAGCAUUCUCUCCCGCAUACCACAAUUACCUCAACUUGUUAGUUGGAAAAGCCAAUGUCGUCGCUGUCUCCGUCGAUUACAGGAGAGCCCCAGAGCAUCCUGUGCCGAUUCCGUUCGACGAUUCUUGGACUGCGCUCAAAUGGGUUGCGUCGCACGCCAAUGGAAACGGACCGGAAGAGUGGUUGAAUGAUUUUGCUGAUUUUGGUAAAGUUUUCUUUGCAGGUGAUAGUGCUGGUGCUACUUUAGCACAUCAGAUGGGCAUAAGGCAUGGUGGAGAGAAACUAGAUGGUGUUAAUGUUAAUGGGAUUGUCUUAAUUCAUCCAUAUUUUGGGGGAAUAGACCCAAUUGGCUCUGAGGCUGAGAAUUUGCAGGGGAAGGCCAUGGCAGAUGGGGUUUGGCAUUUUGCGAGUCCUAAGACAAGUGGGUGUGAUGACCCUUUGUUUAAUCCUGUGCUUGAUCCGAAAUUUGCGAGCCUGGGCUGCACCAGGGUCUUGGUUUGUGUUGCUGAGAAGGACUAUUUGGUUGACAGGGGAAGGUACUACUAUGAGAAGUUGAAGGAGAGUGGGUGGAGAGGAGAGGUUGAGUUUGUUGAGACUAAAGGGGAAGAACAUGUUUUCCAUCUGCAGAAACCUGAUUGUGAGGGUGCUGUGAGUAUGCUUAGUAGCAUUGUUUCUUUCAUCAAUCAAGAUGUUGUGGUCUCUUGAUUGGAAUUUGGUGUUUGGUUUGGUAUCUGUCUUAGUCUGUACUGAUUCGCAGUAUAAUAAUGUAAAAUCUAAAUUAUGGUGAUUAUUAUCAAACAUGGUGCAAUGACUUAUUUUGGCAUA